GCGGGCCAAGAGUCCAUUUGCCCAAAGCAGAGACUUGCCCGCGGGGCCACUCUGGGGGUGCGCGGGGCGCAGAGACCCUCCCUGGACGGGGUCGGUGGGCAGAGAAGGACCCGCAGGCUCGGUCCAGGGUUCGAUCGCGCCCUGUCGGCCCCGCGCAGCCCCUGCAGGCCGGGCGCCCGGGCUGGCGGCGGUCGGGAGGGCCCCGCGGAGCCCGGGGUCCCCUCCCCGCGGGGCGCGCCGGCCGGCCGCCCGCCGGAGCCCUCUCCCCUCCAGCCCGGCGCCGGCCCCGCCGAGCGGCCCACCUGUGAGCGCGGCCCAGAUUGGCGGAGGCGGUCAUGUGGGCGGUCACGUGCCGCGGCGCGCUCCGUCCCGGAGAAAAUGGGGUUUGGUGUAAAUCUGGGGGUGUAAUGUUAUCAUAUAUCACGCUACCUCGUAAAACCGACACCGAAAGCUGCCGGACAACAAAUCACAGGUCAAAAUUAUGAGUUCCUCGUACUAUGUGAACGCGCUCUUUAGCAAAUACACGGCGGGGGCGUCUCUCUUCCAAAAUGCCGAGCCCACGUCCUGCUCCUUCGCGCCCAGCUCGCAGCGCAGCGGCUACGGCGCGGGCGCGGGCGGCUUCGCGGCCGGAGUGCCCGGCGUGUACAACGUGGGCGGCCCCCUGUACCAGGGCCCCUUCGCGGCCGGCUACGGCCUGGGCGCCGACGCCUACGGCAACCUGCCCUGCGCCCCCUUCGACCAGGGCCUCCCCGCGCUCUGCGGCGGCGACCUCGCCAAAGGCGCCUGCGACAAGCCGGACGACGGCGCGGCCGAGGCCAGUCUCCGCAUCUACCCGUGGAUGCGGUCCUCAGGGCCUGACAGGAAGCGGGGCCGCCAGACCUACACGCGCUACCAGACGCUGGAGCUGGAGAAGGAGUUCCACUUCAACCGCUACCUGACCCGCCGCCGCCGCAUCGAGAUCGCCCACGCGCUCUGCCUCACAGAGCGCCAGAUCAAGAUCUGGUUCCAGAACCGCCGCAUGAAGUGGAAGAAGGAGCACAAGGACGAGGGGCCGGCGGCGGCCGCGGCCCCCGAGGGGCCCGUGCCCGAGGCAGCAGCCGAGGCCGCCUCGGCGGACAAGGCCGAAGAGGAGGAGGAGGAGGAAGAGGAGGAUGAAGAGGAGGAGGAGUGAGGGGCCCAGCAGGGCCCUGGGCUGCACCAGACAGUCCGGAAAGCAUCGUUAGAGACUCAUCGGUUUUAUUUACAAAAGUUGAAAAAUAAAAAGAAAAUGUAAAAAAACAAAACAAAACAAAAAAAACCCCCACCCAGUCCCCCACCUACCCCAUUAUCCACUCCAAUUCCCAACUUGUUUGGACAGCAGCUGCCUAGACUGGGUCCCUUGGGGGGUUCCCCUCUGCCUCAGAGGCCCCCCAGCAGACACCCCCACCCCCCAUCCCUAGGCCGGCUGGCUCCGCACCGGCAUGGCUGAAAUACUACCUAGCACAGGCCUCAGAGAGAGGCACCCCAAACUACCUAUGGGCCCAGCCCAGCGGACCUCCACUCCCAGGAACCCUGGAGUGUCCCCACACUGGCAGACACCCAGCACCUCCCUCUAGGCCAAGGACCUGCCUCAAUACUACCUAUUGUCCCAAACUACCUAUGUUGUGCUCCCUGGCUCGCCUGCUACCUAUGCCGGCCCUCCCAGGCCAGGACCCCCGCUGCUUGUGGCUGGCAGCCUCUGGGGUCCCUGAGGCUGUGUGGAGAAGGUGCUGGGGACCAGGGCAUUGGCUUCUAUUUAAAUCGAAAAAUAAUAUAUUUAUUCCAAAGCAUUCUUAAGUGCUGCAACCUAGAAUCCCUCUCUUCUGGCCUGGAUAUUCCAAGUUCAGGCCCGUCACCCCCCACUUCCGGAGGGGGCCAUUCCUGAGCUGGCUGCAGGUUUCUGAGUGAGCUGCUGCUUAGGGCUGCAGAGAUGCUCCCAGCCUCCCCGCCCCUGUGUCCUACUGCCCGGCGGUGUGGACCAUGGACACCCUGACUGCCUACAAUAGCAAAUAUUGUAUAUUUGAACAAGAUUGUUUUGUUGUCAUUUAUAUGGUCUUGGAGCUCAUUUGUAAGGCGAUGUCUUGCCUUGGGAAGAAUGUGUUCACGGGGUGACCUUGUAGCAUGGCGUGUUGUCUUGAGCUAAUCUGUAGCAGGUGGGGAGAGCCAGUGCCCUCCCCGGUGCCCUUCAUCCCCGGUGUUGUCCUGUGUCCCCCCCCUCCCUCUCGAGCCUCGGGUUCCAGGAACAGGAAGGUAUGCUUUCCUCCAUCUUGCCCAGCUAACCGUGUUUUAUGUAACAGCAAAAUAAAGAUGCCUGAUGACAAA